AUGCAUACAACGUUCACAUCAUUACUUCUGGUUCUAAGUUGUAUUAUUGCUACUACAACCGGUUUCUCACAUCACCGUGUUACGAAACGUGGUGGUCCCGUUGAUUUCAGUAAUUUAGGUGCAUUAAUGGAUGGCACAUUUAACUUUAAUUUUCAAUUCAAUUGUUUCUUUCCACCAUGUCCCGAAGGUGUGAGUGGGCUACCAACAUUUGAUUAUGCUGCUAUGCAGGCUGGUAUUGAUAAAUGGAUUGCUGAAUAUCAACAACAACAACAACAGCAAGGACAACAACAGCAAAUAUUAUAA